AUGUCAGCAGGAGGUGACCAUACCAGAAAAUACAAGUUGCAAACGGAGGUUGUGAAAGUGUCGUAUGACGAUUCGUGGCAUGCAUCGUGUCCCCCUAUCUACCAGACCGCUACUUUUAAGAAUCCUGAUGUUCUUCACAUGGGAAAGUACGAUUAUACCAGGUCGGGUAAUCCAACUAGAACUAUUCUUCAGGAACAUCUGGCUAAAAUUAUUGGAUGUAAGCAAGUGUGGGUCGUUAAUUCAGGUAUGUCUUGUCUCGACAUCAUUACCAGGCUCUUGAAGCCAGGCGAUGAGGUGGUUUCCGGUGAUGACCUAUACGGUGGUACCGACAGAUUGUUGACAUAUAUCAAUAACAAUGGGGAUAUCAAGGUGGGACAUCAUGAUAUAACCAAUUUAGAUUUGAUGAAGUCGAAGAUUACUGAGAAUACUAAGAUGGUGAUCUUGGAGUCUCCAACCAACCCAUUGAUGAAGAUCGUUGAUUUGAAAUCCAUUGCCGAACAUGCCCACAAGGUUAAUCCUCAAUGUAUCGUCGUGUUUGAUAACACAAUGAUGACUCCAUUGAUGAUGAAACCAUUAGAGUUAGGCGCAGAUAUCCACUACGAGUCCGCUACUAAGUAUUUAAACGGUCACCACGAUAUUAUGGCGGGUGUUCUUGCCACAGACAACGAGGAAUUGGCCGACAGAUUGUUCUUUGUGAUCAAUUCUAUUGGAUCUGGUCUUGCACCUUUCGAGUCCUGGUUAUUGAUGAGAGGUUUGAAGACCUUGGCUCUUAGAUUAGAGAGACAGCAAAGUAACUGCAUCAAACUUGCCAAUUGGUUGGAGAGUCAGGGAUUUAAAGUAAGAUAUCCGGGUUUGAAGUCUCAUCCUCAGUAUGAACUACAUAAAUCUCAGACUAAGGGUACCGGUGCUGUUUUAUCCUUUGAAACAGGAGAUAUUGAUUUAAGUGAGAGAAUUGUACGGAACGUUGACAUCUUUGGUGUUACUGUCUCUUUUGGUUGCGUCAACUCUUUGAUCUCUUUACCUUGUAAGAUGUCACAUGCUUCAAUAGAUCCAAAAGUGAGAGCCGAGAGAGGCUUCCCUGAAGAUCUCAUUAGAGUUUGCGUAGGUAUAGAGGAUAUUGACGACUUAAUUUUUGACUUGGACCACGCUAUUAAACAGGCCAAGAAGGAGCAGAAAGAGAGAAACUAG